UGGCUCGUUUCUUGUUCGGCGAUCGGCAUUCUACUACGGCCGCGACCCGCGUUCUCAUUCGCUAACCGCGACCAAGUUGGAACGACGCGCGUAUCGUGUGUUAUUUUUGAAUCGAAACAAGUGUCCACAUUUAAGAAAAUGGCUAAGUUAUCUAUUUUUGUGCCUGUUUUGUUAGUGGCCGCAUUUGUCGCAGACGGUGAGGCAGUCCGAUGCUGGACGUGUUCGUCGGACCUCAACCCGUACUGCAACGACCCUUUCGUCCCUAGCCUAGCGGAUAACUCAGGGCUAUUCCGGCUCGAGUACUGCGAUGCCAACACCGGUGCUACCUACCCCUACCUCACGACUUCAAAAUCAGCGUGCAAAAAGAUGAAGAAAUACAUUGGAGGCAAUCUAGUUAUAUCCCGUGGCUGCACGUGGAAGCGUCAAGACGACUACUCGACCGCCUGUUCAGCGUCCUCGUAUGGAGCAAACGAAGUGCCAUUGUACUGCGAAACCUGUGAAUAUGACGGCUGCAACGGUGCUUCAGCAAUCGGCAUGACUAUGGCACUUAUCAUGGCCCCUCUUGGUCUUCUGCUGUUCAAGUAACGAUAAGUCAAAUAAUUUAUUAUUGGGGACCACGCCAAUAGUACCUUGUCUUAACAGCAUUGUGCCCACCGUGAACCAUGUGCAAAAGUUUUUAAUUAUUUCGAUAAAUCUACUACCUACCUUCAGUAAAUUAUACACAAUUACCUCUCCUAUGUUUAGGGAAUAGGAAUAAAUUCAAAUUCCAUGUUUUUUUACCGGCUUUACGGCUCUGGAUUCUAGCACUUUUGGGUUUGAAAUUCAUGGACUUAUACAGUGUUGCCAACUUCAAACUGCAUGUAAUGUGAUUUUUUAUGUAAUUGUUGCUGUAUAGGUACUAUUAUUUUUUGUAAUUAGCAACAAUGUAGGUAAUGAUUUUACAAGUUAAUAGUGGAUAAUUUUGCAUAAUAUUAUGAUUAUGAAUGCUGUAUAAUAUAGUACAUAAGAUGGUUGAUGGCAAUAUUGAGAAUUGUUGUAGUUGGCAACACAAAAACUUUAUUUAAAGGUUUUUAUACUGAACAUAUAAAAGAGUAAGAAAACAAAAGUAUCUAAACAUUGUAUCCAAAUAAUAAUAAAUCAUUAGAGUAGACUGUAAAGUGAUACCUAUCUACUCAUGAUAUAUUGAAAAAUAUCGAAUCUCUUAGAAUAAUUAAAAAACAACAACUACCUGAUUUUUAUAUCAACUUACCUACUUAUUUGACUAAUUUUUGAAACGAUUUUUUUAAAAGUACCUACUUAUGUUCAUGAAAAUCAAAAAACGAUUGUUAUAUUUGACAAGCGUACCAAUGUUUCUUUUUACUAACUCGAUUGUUUUCUAGGACUUCAUAAAUGUAAUGUUUUGUUGCUGUUAAGAUUUAAUUUUAGGGUUUAUUUAUAAUUUUAUUUGUACAUAAGUGAAAAUUUAAAUCUUAUGUAUUAUUAAUACCAAACAUCAUCUCUAAUAUUGUCUUGUUGAUUUAAAAAAAUAUUUGUCUGCCUUUCUAUAUAAUAUAAUGUUCAGUUGUCGGCCUGGUCUGCUGAUUAUUAUUCGCUGUCUAGUUUAUCAACGGUUUUAACUUUAACUUGAAAUAUUAAUUUAGAAUGUAUCAAAUUUUUCAUUUUCGUUAAAUAUUUAGUUUUAUUUCUAAGUCUAUAAAAUACAUUUUUGAAAACAA